GUUCUCCACAGCCAAAUUUCCUCUAUUGAGAAGCAGGCCACCACUGCCACUGGUUGCCCAUUGCUGAUCCGCUGCAAGAAUUUCCAGGUCAUCCAGCUGGUCAUCCCUCAGGAAAGAGACUGCCAUGACAUUUAUAUAUCUCUGAUACGUCUGGCACGACCAGUGAAAUACGAAGAGCUGUAUUGCUUCUCAUUCAAUCCAAAAUUAGAUAAAGAAGAACGAGAACAAGGCUGGAAGCUUGUGGACCUCAAUGAAGAAUAUAAUCGGAUGGGUGUUCCAAACGACUAUUGGCAGAUUAGUGAUGUAAACAGAGACUACGAAGUCUGUGACUCCUAUCCUACAGAAGUGUAUGUACCAAAGUCUGCAACUGCACACAUCAUAGUGGGGAGUUCUAAAUUUCGGAGCCGAAGGCGUUUCCCAGCUCUUUCCUACUACUGCAAGGAUAACAAUGCCUCCAUAUGUAGAAGCAGCCAGCCUUUAUCUGGCUUUAGUGCUCGGUGCCUUGAGGAUGAACAGAUGCUCCAAGCCAUUAGAAAAGCAAAUCCAAGAAGUGAUUUCAUAUACGUUGUUGACACUCGGCCUAAACUCAAUGCAAUGGCAAACAGAGCAGCAGGGAAGGGAUAUGAAAAUGAAGACAACUACUCCAACAUCAAGUUUCAAUUCAUAGGCAUUGAGAAUAUCCAUGUCAUGAGAAAUAGUCUGCAGAAAAUGCUUGAAGUUUGUGAGCUGAAGUCACCUUCAAUGAGCGACUUUCUGUGGGGCCUAGAAAAUUCUGGCUGGCUGAAGCACAUCAAAGCCAUUAUGGAUGCUGGCAUUUUUAUUGCAAAGGCUGUGUCUGAGGAAGGUGUGAGUGUGCUUGUUCACUGCUCUGAUGGCUGGGAUAGGACAGCCCAGGUUUGCUCUGUAGCAAGCCUUCUAUUGGAUCCAUAUUACAGAACUAUGAAGGGAUUCAUGGUGUUAAUUGAAAAAGACUGGGUUUCCUUUGGUCACAAAUUUAACCACAGGUAA